CCCCGUUUCCGGUGUCAUGGCGGCCGGAGCGCGGCGGCGGCCGGCGGCGGGGCCGGUGCGGGUCGCGAGGCGGCGGCGGGGCAGCGGCGGGGGGGGGAUGUGAGGCGUCGUCAGCCGGCGCCAUGUCGGGGUGCGUGUGGGGCGCGGCGCCGCUGCUGGAAGCGCUGGGCCGGCUGUGGGAGGUGCAGGCGCCGCUGGGCAGCGGCUCCUCGGCCUCCGUCUACCGGGUGCGCUGCUGCGGGGACCCGCGGGCCCCCCCCGGCGCCGUUAAGGAGUUCGUGCCGCCCCCGCCGCGGCCCGGCCCCGCCCGCCGCCCCGGCGCCCGCCCGCCCGCCGCCGACUGCGCCGAGUACGGCUUCCGCAAGGAGCGCGCUGCGCUCGAGCACCUCCGCGGGCACCGCAACAUCGUGACGCUGUACGGCGUGUUCACCAACCACUACUCUGCCAAUGGUCCGUCUCGCUGUCUGCUGCUGGAGCUGCUGGACAUCAGCGUGUCCGAGCUGCUGCUGCACUCCAGCAACCAGGGCUGCUCCAUGUGGAUGAUCCAGCACUGCGCCCGAGAUGUUCUCGAAGCCCUGGCUUUCCUGCACCACAAAGGCUACGUGCACGCAGACCUCAAGCCACGCAACAUCCUGUGGAGUGCAGAGGAGGAGUGCUUUAAGCUCAUUGACUUUGGACUUAGCUUCAAAGAGGGGAAUCAGGACGUGAAAUAUAUUCAAACAGACGGGUAUCGGGCUCCAGAGGCAGAACUGCAGAACUGCCUGGCACAGGCAGGGCUCCAGAGUGAGACGGAGUGUACCUCUGCUGUGGAUCUGUGGAGUCUGGGAAUCGUUUUACUGGAAAUGUUCUCAGGAAUGAAACUGAAACAUACAGUCCAAUCUCAGGAAUGGAAGACAAACAGUUCUGCCAUCAUUGAUCGCAUAUUUGCCAGUGAAGGGGUGGUUAAUUCAGCCAUUCCAGCAUAUCACCUCAGAGACCUUAUCAAAAGCAUGCUUCAUUGUGACCAAGGAAAGCGAGCCUCCGCUGAGAAGGCUUUAUGCAGCCCGUUCUUCAGCAUUCCCUUUGCUCCCCAUAUCGAAGAUUUGGUGAUGCUCCCCACACCUGUGCUGAGGCUGCUAAAUGUGCUAAGCGAUGCUUCUCUGCAGUGCGAAGAAGAAUAUGAAGAUAUCCUGGAAGACAUAAGGGAGGAGUGUCAGAAAUACGGACCGGUGGUUUCCUUGCUUAUUCCAAAGGAGAAUCCUGGUAAAGGCCAAGUUUUUGUUGAAUAUGCAAAUGCUGGUGAUUCCAAAGCUGCCCAAAAAAUGCUGACUGGAAAGAUUUUUGAUGGCAAGUUUGUUGUGGCUACGUUUUACCCACUGAGUGCCUAUAAGAGAGGAUAUCUGUACCAAAACUUGCUGUAGGCAGUAGCAACAAUCAGGAGAGUUGUCUUGCUCCUCUUCCUCACAUGUUUUACAGUUGAAUGUACAAAAGAGCUUCCUAGCCCUGCUUUUGAGUCAUCUGUGAAGGAGAGAUGCAAAGGACUUAACUGGGCUUUGAAACCUUUACUGCUGCUUUGUGAUGUGCAGAGGAGGCCGGGAUGGCUUUCGGCGUGUGCUUGUGUGUGUGUUGUGCUUGCUCGUUUACAUUGGGUGUGUGGCUUUGCCCCGGUGGGCGCUCGGGUGGCAGGAGUGGCGGCUGUGGGAGCCUGGCAGGCUGAGCAGAUCUUGGCAAGUGCUUGUAAGUGGCUUGAAGUGAGACCGUUUAAAGUCUUGGCCUUAGCGCUUGACUUUGCUCUAGGGAGAGGAUUUCUUUCCUAUAACACACAUGUGUUCUCCUCCAGUGCAGGGGAGGAGGAGGAAGGCUCCCCUGCUUUUUGUUGAUAUCUAUAAUAAAUAGAGAAGCAGAAGCACCAUCCUCUCUAAACCAGACCAGAAGGACUUUUGAGUCUUCACAUCACGUAGAGCAGAGGGAGGCGGUGAGGUCAGAUCUGCUGAGCCUACAGCGUUACCCCGUCGCUGCCCCGUGACCCGAGGAGAGCCACCUGUCUGACCUGGCCCAGAUGGCGUGCGGGGCUUAGGCAGCGAGGGGUGGGGUGGUGCUGCCUGCGGUGAGCUGAACUUGCUUGUAUGCCUGGGGUGGGGAGGGACUGAUGGUGGAUACAUGUCCUCUGAGCAGUGCCGGCCUCAGUCCUGACACAACCUGUAAGCACUUUGUAGCCUGAGGUGAUGUGAAAACCCUGUCUUGUGGAGUCAUCUUUCUAGCAUAUACCCUGUGCUGGCACUGAUGCUCCCUAGCUCUGAUGCCAAAUCAUAUGUAAUAUGUAGGCGCCUUUAGGUGAUACUUUUGGAAAGGAGUGCUACAGCACGGAGUAUUCUUUGUGUCUCAGCAGGACCCCUGUCCUGUGAGUCUUACAAGAAAGAAAAAGAUUUGUCUGUCGUAGGUCCCACGCUUGGCUUUUCUGUGUUGUGCGUUUUGGUUUUGCAUUAACCCAUUAGACUUGUAGAUUAGAAGCACUGACACUUUUGGUCCUUCAUAGGUUACACAAAGGGCCUGAGGCAAUCUGAGGUCCUGUAUGGAAAGGGCUCAGUCAGUCAUCAGACUUGACUGGCCAGGAUAAAGUCUUUCCCAGUGUCAGGGACAACAGCCACAUGCUUUUGGGGAAAAAAAAAAAAAAAAACAACUGGGCGAGCAGCAUCACUGCUCCCCCGAGAGCACGCUCUGCUCACAUGGCUUCAGUGCACAGGCAGAAGCUCGCUGGAGCAGCCGCAGGCACGGGGCCUGCAAACCCCCAGGCCCAGUGGAGCCUCUCCCUGCAGGGGUGGGCACUUACCUCCUGUCGAGCCCAGCAUGAAACAACCCUACUCAGAGGGGGAGCAGCGUAUUCUGGCUUGUGGCCCUGGUACUAGUUUUAGUGAGGAGGAGAGCCCUCGUGACUUCUUUUCUCCAGCCGAAAUACUUGCAGGCAGCUGCCUGAUCCAUGUCUGACCUUCCCCGGAAUAAUACCUGAAUUACCUUGUAGUUUACUUUCUGUGACUUGCUGGAAUCCUGCACUUAAGUUCCUCUUGAUUUUUGCCCUGUGCGUGUGUGGUGCGUCGGGAGAUCCAGCAUCCUGAGUCUUGAGUUCCUCUUUGUGCUGGUGUAGAGUCCUGUCUACUGUGGACCUUCCCAAACUCCCCCAGAAAGGACCAAUCUCUUUGAAUUUUUCCUGUUACCUUUAAGGUGGUGGGUUUUCCAGGAAACAAAAGAUAUCCAGCAAUGAGUUUUAAGGUGUGAUUUUCUGAUCAGACUCUUUCUGGGAAUGAUGCUACUUUGGUGUACAUUGCUGUAAAGCAGCUUUGCAUAGGUGGGGUGUGUGAUUCAUUGCUUUUAAUUGAACUGUCCUUGCAGUGAAGCACCUUUAGUGUCUGGGAGUAUUUGAAUGAUUGACUGGGUGAGGGUUUUUCCUAUGUCAAGAGCACUGUUUAAAGUAUUCUAAUUAUUGGUAGGUAUUGACUGACCUCCUCAGCUCUGAGUUGUUGCUGGCCCUGGCGGGCUGAGUAGACUUUGGCCCAGAAAUUGCCAUGUUGAAUGCCCUCGUGUCAGCAGCAUUAGGCUGGCUGCGUGUGGGCCUAUCAGCUGGCAGAAGCAGACCUGAGAGCUCCUGCCCUGCCGAGUGCCAGCCUGCGUGGGGACACGGGGAGCUCCCCUGGCUGUGGGGUCUGUCACCUACAGUGGUACUGCGACAGGGAGAUACCAGGGUGCAGGUGCAGAACUUAAAUGUAUUGAAGUUCUCCCAUGCAUUUUUCUGGGACUAUGAGCAGCUCUGUCAUCUUUCAAGCGUAUGUCUUUUUCAGUCAGAAUUAUGCUUUGGAUUUGCAACUUAAGAUAAAGAGCCAUGCCAGGAUUAAUCUUUAUAGAGAGGAGCUACAACCUGUUCCUGUAGCAUGGCAGGGCUGUUCUACCAGAGUUUGGUUGGUGUUUUGUUCAGCUGCUUUAAUGAGAACUAAAUAAAUCUUCAAGAUGCAAACUCCUGCCACCAGAUUUUCUCUCCAGAUGCUCAUUGACCAGGCUUGAGCACUGAGAUGGGCAAAACCCCCAAUGCUGCUUUUUUUUUUUUUUUUUUAAUUAUUUUCUUCCUGGCAAGAGUUGAAGAUACUGAUCUCUGUCCCAUCACUGGAUCCAGCCCCUGGCUUCCCUCUGCAGGCUGCGGGAUACAGGGGGGUUUAGAAGCCCCCCCUCAGAGCAGAAGCAUUUAAUCAUUACGUCUAACCCUCUGCAUUCAAAGCCUUUUUCUAUCUAGCUGAAGCUCACUCUGGUGUCUCGGCGAUCUGUUGGCGGCUUGGCAUAAGUUUCAGCCCUGCUAAAACCUGUGAGUUUCUUAACUCUGGAUUGUAUCUGAAGUGUGCACAGUGAUUCAAUCCAAGGCAUCUGUCGUCGUGUGUGCCUGGAUGGGCCUGGCUUUCCUCAUCUCCAGAUUUUACUGCCUGCUUGAGUUGCAGAAGUGUUGAGGCUUUCCACUCAGAUGCUCGCUAGGUUUCUUGGUCUGUGCUGCUGACACAGCUCCCUCCCAACAGCCCCGUGACCUACAUAGUCCCAGCUGCACCCGCAGGCUGCCUUUGAGGGAGAGAUCUGCUUUGGGGGGGGGGGGGCAGGAGAUGAAAGAUGAAACCUCUGGAGACAGCCUGGGAAGGCCGUCGCUGCUCCGGUGGGAUCAGGGCGGGCACCCAGCCCUCCUCCCCAGGAGGCUGGGUGCAUCCCCUUGGAGCGUGUGUGCGAAUGGGAAACACGUUGGUGCUCUGCUGUUCCUUGGUGGCAGUUGGGUUUUGUAGCUGAUCUCGCACGAAAUGUUACUGCCAGCCCAAGAGCAGCUGUCCUUCCUCUGCCACCAGUGUCUGUGAGGGAGCAAGCUGGUUCUUUGCACUUCCGCCUAUUUGUUAUAUGCAAGGAGGGUAACUGGUUUUUAAAUGACCGGCCGAAGCACAAAUCAGCUCCGAUCUUCGUUGUAUUCCUAAUUUUACCCUCCUCGCUGGUCUCCAGCCUCCUACCACCCAGGCCUGAGCACCGCGUUGCAGCCGGGUUGUCUUUCCAGAGCGUUCCGUACCCUUCCCCCCGGUUGUGCCGGACCCCGUGACCACGUGCCUCCCUCCGGGUUAGAUGUCAGCCGCUGUGUCCCGUCACGCACCGUUGCUGAGCAGAUGUGUGCUUGAUACAGGUGAUCAAUAAACGAUGCUCCAGUACGA